AUGAAGUCUUCUGUCAUUGUCGCAUUCGCUACUGCCGCCCUCGUGGCUCCUACUCUUGCUCAGGAUGCUGCAGCUCUCGCCGCUUCUCUCCCUGCUUGCGCUGUCACUUGCGCCUUGACUGCCAUCGGCACCACUGGCUGUCAGCUCACCGAUGUAGCUUGCCUCUGCGCCAACGCUUCUUUCAUCAGCAGCAUUGCUUCCUGCACACAGACCUCCUGCUCAGUCGAAGAUCAACAGAAGACCGGUGCUGCUACCCUUGAGAUUUGUCCUAACGCCGCUGGUGCCGCUGGAGGUGCUUCAGCAUCCGCCUCGGUAUCCUCCGUCGUCAGCUCCGUGGUCAGCUCCGUGAGCUCAGCAGUUGUGUCUUCAGCCUCCGCUGCCCCCUCAUCAGUUGUGUCUUCGGCUUCUGCUGUUAGCUCAGCAGUUGUGUCUUCCGCCGCUGCGGCCAGCUCAUCGACCACAUCAGCUAGAGUCACGCCUGUUGCUCCCAUCACUACUGCGCCUGCUGCCAAUGGUACAUCCAGUGGUUCUGCCAGCUCUACAUACACUCCUGCUCCUUACACUGGCGCUGCCUCUGCAGCCAAUGUUGGUCUUGGCUUCCUUGCUAUGAUGGGUCUUGCUGCUCUGUGA